UGCGUAACUUUUGGAACGUCUUCCAGGAGAAACUCUGCGGCCCAGACGAUUUGGCUGAAACAUCAAACACCGCGAUUCUGAAUGACAAAAAAUCCCACAGAGUUGCAUAUAGUCGUCCGUAACGAGGGGAUAGUCGACCGCGAACACUCGGAGGCUGGCUGUGAACGAGAUUCAGGGUGGAUUUGAGAACGCAAGAUCGCGAGGGCCUAUCAAAUAUGUCCUCUUCCUCGCAGGCAUCUUCCAGGCGGCAGUGGUGCUACCUCUGCGACCUGCCGAAGAUGCCGUGGGCCAUGAUCUGGGACUUCAGCGAGGCGGUGUGCAGAGGCUGCGUCAACUACGAGGGCGCGGACCGGAUAGAGCUGCUCAUCGACACCGCGCGGCAGCUCAAGCGGACACAUGUGAUGCAGGACGGCAGGUCUCCGGGUCCGCAGCCCGGCGGCAAACACGGUCCCGCGGGUAAGGAGGGUCCUAUGGAGGCCGGCAGACCGCCCUCCGAGCGAUACGAAAGGGGAAGGGGCGAGUAUGUGUCCGCCAGGCUGCCGAACGGGCUGCCCAGAUUGGAAGAUGGAGGUCCGCCUGAGGUUAGCAGGCAGAGCCCUACUGCUAGGAGGACAUUGGUGGGGGCUGUGCCACCCAAUUUGAUGGCCCAAGGGCUCGUGGGAGCCCCUCACGGCCUGCUGACCGCAAUGCCUGGUCUGAAUCCCCGAGCUGGCAGUGCCGCCUUGACCAUUCCUGCACCCAUGCUGAAUGAAAUCAGCAAAAGACAGGCCCUGAGCAUGGGGAUGAACGUGGGUGUGGCAUCUUUCAUGGGCCCUGAGUUCGAAAAGGAGCUCAAGGAGAAGCAGAGGAAUGCAGAAGCCCUGGCCGAGCUCUCUGAAAGUGUACGCAACCGGGCAGACGACUGGGCAGGACGCCCUAAACUCAUGCGGGAUACCCUGCACACCCUGUCCGGCUGCACCCCAUUCAAUGUCCGCUUCAAGAAGGACCACGGCCUGGUGGGCAGGGUUUUUGCAUUCGACGCCAAGCUGAUGGUGGAGUUUGAGCUGAAAGUCUUCAUAGAGUACCCGUGCGGCUCUGGUAAUGUGUUCGCCAGCAUACUGGCACUGGUCAAACAUAUGUUCCACGACUCUCAGAAAGACACCGGCAAGGUCAUUAAUUCAGGUUACAAGUAUGUCGAGUAUGAGAAAAGGCAUGGCACCGGUGACUGGCGUCUCCUGUCAGAGCUCCUCAGCGAUGCAGUGCGGGCAUUUAAAGAAAUGCCAGCCCCAGAUGCCCUCCCACAGCCGUACCUGGAUGCCAGCUGCUCCAUGCUGCCCACUGCUCUCUGCCACAUCGGCCGCCCUACGCAACCCAGAGUACGCAGACGCAAAGCCUCGCCUGACCCGGAUGCCGGAGAAAGGAUGACCUCUGAGGAGCUGCGGCAGCACUGGCCGCUCAGUGCGUAUCCCGGCAUUCCUGGGCACAUGCCAGCCACCUCACUAGCCAGCGCAGGACAGCCUCCAGAGGGCCACGGUAGCGACCCGUCACCCAUCACAGCACUCAUGAGUGUGGCUGACAAUGUUGGCACUGCCUCCUCAAAAGAUGGUCCAGGCGGCAGCGGGCACUCUGCAAAUGCAGGCCGGCAGAACAGCACCAGUCCUUCCCCUGGUGGUGGUCAGCGGAGACUGGCGUCCCGAAAUGGAGAACCGUCCGCUGGCAGUAGCACAGGAGGCCCGGCCACUGUCACUGACCAGAGUGCAGUUAUGGGAGGUGAAGGUUCAGCUGGAGGUGGCGGUGCCCCUCUGUGCUGCACCAUAUGCCAGGAGCGUCUGGAGGACACCCACUUCGUCCAGUGUCCAUCAGUGGCCGGGCACAAGUUCUGCUUCCCCUGCACCCGGGACUUCAUCCGCAGACAGGGCUCAGGGAGUGAGGUGUACUGCCCCAGCGGAGAGAAGUGCCCUCUCGUGGGCUCCAACGUGCCCUGGGCCUUCAUGCAAGGCGAGAUCUCCACAAUCCUGGCCGGUGAUGUGAAAGUGAAGAAGGAAAGAGACCCCUAACGCCAGCAGCAGAACUCAAACCUCACCCUGAGGAAGCUGCGAUCAUAAUCCCCGAAGCCGGCCGAAGCACUCGAGUGCGCUCAAGAGACGUCACUGGUUGCCAGAUCCUCUUCCUCCAACUUUUGCCCGCCCACUUUCCCUUCGCCUUCUCCUUCAGUCCGAGACGAAGGAGAACACACAGCCAUGAUUCUCUUCAGAGAUACCCAUGUAUUAAACCCUCCAGCACUUACUUCUGACUCUUCGUUUCGUCGCGUCGAUUCUAAAGCCCAGGUUCACAUAGAUACACCGCGUCGUAUUUGCUAUGAGAAGAAAUACAUUUCAAAGGAUGAACGAUUUGCCAGAAUGUUUUCCAAAAAACCACCAGACAGAUGCCGAUUGUACAGCUUUGUUUGGAUAUACGCCAUGUGCUUUACAAUCACAGAACUGCACCGACUACAGGCUCGCUCUCGUUUUCUUUCCUCCGCCGUCGUCGUCUAUGCUGCAGAAAACUGUUCCGAACGUCCAGGAAUUAUUACUAAGUGCUAUAAAAAAGCCCUUCCUUCAGACCGCUUCUCGAAGCAGCAUGUAUAAUAGAUAUUUUUAUGUUUUAUACUCCGUGUAGAUUGUACCAGAUCUCUCCCUUUCCAUGGUUAUAGAUGUGCAAUCUCUAGAUUUGAUACUAUGUUGCUUUAUGUACCACUAAGUCUUUGAAUGAAUAGAUAAACCAAAGAUAGACUCGCUGAAUAUCGUCGUAUCAUAUGAUGCUAUAACAUAUAUAUAUAUUUUUGUGGUUAAAAUGUUUUGUGUGGCUUUCGUCAGAUAACAAGGACAGACGUAGGGAACGUUUUACAUUGGGAACCUAUAUUUAAAGCUAUAUGGGUAGAGACACACACACACAGUAGAUUUUUAUUCUACGAGUAAGCAGAUCACUAUAUUUUCUAUUGUAACCCAUUGGCUUUUAAAUCCUUGGAGGCGACGACUAGUUUAAUAUUACAGAUCCACUCUUCGUUUUGUUCGUUGUUUGUUUUUUUUUUUACACGUAUAUGGUCCAGAUUUAUUAUUUUUGUUCGAUUUUUACAUGUCAAAGGCGUACUUUGAUGGGAAUUGUUUUAAUCUAAAUGCUAAAACUAUCUUUUAGAUGUGCGUCCAUCAUAUGCUGUGCCCCCAAGAGUAUAUGGACGCUUAACUGAUAUUCUUUUGGACACGUUUCGUUGGUUCGUUCUCCAUUAUGACAUUGGAAAAAAUGUAUGACUAAAUAUAUAAAUGCACAAAAGUACUGUUCUGUAAGACCUUUGUUUAAUCGGCUUUUAUGUUACAGCUUAAAAUUGUAUUUAAAUUAAAAGAUUGACUUUUCACAAAC